AUGAUUUUCUCAGCAAAGGUCAUCUGCCUUGGAGCCCUUCUCUCCGCGGGUCCCGUGUGUGCCGCCUCAUACUCCCAGACCAAAGUAUACGAUAGCACCAACUUCUUCGAGGGAUUCAAUUUCACCAGUGAUCCGGAUCCCUCUGGUGGCUUCGUCAAGUAUGUGGACGCCGAAACUGCCAAAGGUGCUGGGAUGGCCAAGAUCAGCAACGGCGCAGUCUACCUCGGUGCCAACUACGUGGAUAAGAGUCCCAAUGGCCGCCCUUCGACCCGGGUCAGGUCCAAGGACGUCUUCACCACCGGUCUUUUCGUUGCCGACAUUGCCCACAUGCCGGCAGGCACUGGAAAGGGUGGAUCCUGCGGUAUCUGGCCUGCCUACUGGACCUCUGGCCCUGACUGGCCCAACUCAGGCGAGAUCGACAUCAUCGAGGGCGUCAACGGGCAGAAAUCCAACGCUGUCACCCUUCACACAGCAAAAGGAUGCAACAUGGAUGUCUCUGGAUCUGAGUCGACAGCAAACCAGACUUCUGCUGACUGUGAGGACUCCGAUGCGGGUUGUUCUCAGGGUACCACAUCGGCCAACAACUACGGCGCUGCUUUCAACGCCAACGGAGGUGGCGUCUAUGUCACGGAAUGGGCAAGCCUUUCUAUCAGUGUGUGGUUCUUCCCUCGCAGCAGUGCUGCGGCUAAUGCGGUGAUCAAUGCCGGCGCUGCGGAUCUGGAUGUGGCCAAGUUCGGCGCCCCCUUGGCUCGCUUCGAGGGCAAUACCUGCGACAUUGCCGAGAGAUUCAAAAGCAACUACAUCAUCUUCAACACCAACUUCUGUGGAGGCUGGGCGUCGAGAGAAUUCCUUGAGGACGAAACCUGCGCUAGCCUAGCCGAUACCUGCGACGCUUGGGUUGCAAACAACCCAGACGCCUUCAAAGAUGCUUACUGGCUGGUGAACUCGGUCAAGAUCUAUGCUCGAAACGACUAA